GAUAUCUGCGUCGUUCACGAAACGGCACUAUCUUCAAGUCUAACCUCGGUCACGGGGAGUAUUUUUGCUGAGCUGGGUUGUUUACAUCCCAGAAAGUGUUUAUCAUCGUCACUCCCCGUUUCCCAAGUGAAACCCAAUUUUUUUCUUACAAAAGCGCGCAAAACUGCGCGCAUUAUUCAUACCGUUAUUGUGGAGUGAGUACUCGGAUCUCUAGGAAACAGAAGCCUAGCCGGCAUCGUUGUAGUCAGGAUGAAGGUGACGGUUACUACGCUGAGCGACGACAUCUUCGUCCUGGACGUCAGCGAGGAAUUAGAACUCGAGAACUUCAAAGCGUUCUGUGAGAUAGAGAGUGGCGUACCGGCGCAUGAAAUUGUGAUUGCUUUUAAUGGGCGACCACUUAUGGAUGAUAAGAAGUCUUUACGUGAUCAUGGAAUAUGCGAUGGGGACGCCGUUAUUCUACAGCAUAUGCAUCAGAGAAGCUCUGCUCUCAAUUUACAAUCUUUCGAUGGAGGUGUACCUAUAUUGGACUUUAGUUCGAUCAGGGUUCCAGGAACUUCAGCCAACCGGCCUUCACCAAGUUCCAGCACUGCACCAACACAGCGUUUCCAAAAUCCUCGCAAUGAAGAUGAUCCUGUAAUGAUACGAGACAUGUUUCUAGCCAAUCCUGAUCAGCUUGCUCUGUUAAAACAGAAUAAUCCUAGAUUAGCAGAUGCUCUUCUGUCUGGCAAUCUUGAUAGGUUUGCAACGGUGCUUCGGGAGCAAAUAAAAGCGCGGGAGGAGCGCCAGGCUCAACGUCUUAAAAUGAUGAACGCAGAUCCGUUUGACACGGAGGCACAGAGACUUAUAGCUGAGGAAAUAAAGCAAAAGAAUAUUGAAGCUAAUAUGGAAGCUGCCAUGGAGUACAAUCCAGAAACUUUUGGCACUGUCGUAAUGCUGUACAUCAACUGUAAAGUCAAUGGAUUCCCUGUAAAGGCAUUCAUCGAUUCAGGUGCUCAGACAACAAUAAUGUCCGCGGCUUGUGCCGAAAGAUGUCACAUAAUGCGACUGGUUGACACAAGGUGGGCUGGCGUCGCAAAAGGUGUUGGCGUCCAGCGUAUCAUUGGACGCAUACACAUGGUACAAAUCCAAAUUGGCAACGAUCACCUCACUACCUCGUUCAGCGUCCUCGAGGAACAGCCUAUGGAUAUGUUACUUGGGUUAGACAUGCUCAAAAGACAUCAGUGUUGUAUAGACCUCAAGAAAAACGUCCUAAAAAUCGGUACCACGGGUACCGAAACUUCAUUCUUAGCUGAAGGUGACCUGCCAGAAUGUGCAAGACUUAGUGGUAAUAGCGACGAGUCGUUAGACGACCGGGACCUGCAAAGAGCCUUGGAAGAUAGUUCAAGAGAUCCGAAGAAGCAGAGACAGCAACCUGACGGCCUAAGCACAAGUAAUCCUUUGAGUACAUCGGUAUCUUCCAGCACAACCACUGCUCUUGAAACAACUGUUUUACCACACGAUCCCUUCUCUGAGGAAACAGUCAAAGAAAUCGAAGCACUAGGAUUCACACGAGCACAAGUAAUCGCCGAAUUACGUAGAUUUAACGGUGAUAAGGCGCAAGCCAUUGCAGCCUUAUUUGUCAAGUCUUUGAGAUUUGAUUAGGUCAUCUUAUUAAAGAACUCUAGAGAACUAUACGGGAGUUAAUGAAAAUUCUUAAAAGAAUUAUUAUCAUCCAAAAGCGCCGAUAUUUGUUCUUCCCAUAUUUCUCAAAAAACAAAUAUCAUCUUUUGCAACGAUCAUCGACAUAAGUGCUUUACUUGCUUCGCUAUUGGCCAAGUGAAGCACGACUUGAAACGAAUAGAUAUUGAUUUGAAUCAUUGAGGACUUGAAAAUUUGUAAUUAUCACAAUUGUCUCAAUAUCAAGCAUGGUUCAUCGAAUAGGUAACAAAACGGAUGUUAUCUUAAUCAGGGGUAUCAAAUCUAAUUGUGUGGCGCUAAUUAAUGGGUAAUCAAACCACCUUUGAUUCAUUUAGAAUUAGAAACAAGGGUGACUUACGUUAGUAUAGUGAGUUAAAUGAAAAGGCUCAUGUUGAUAUAACGAGCAGGAAAAUUAUCGGGACUGAAUAAUGAGUGACAUAGGUAAUUAAUAUAACUUGGCCAACAGCAACGUACAGAACAUUUUAUAAUUUCAUAAUCUGCACAAUUACAUGCAGAACUCGUACAUGAUAGACGCUCAAAUGCAAAGUAGAGUAUGAAUAGAAUUUCUCUUUUCUUUUUUUCUCUUAUUUGUCCAGACUAGUAUAUCGUCAAUUUGUAUUUCUAAAAGUCUAAUACCAGUCUGACACACUGCUUCCAGAUAUUUUGCAAUUGAAAAUGAAUCAGUGUACAUAUGGUAAUAGUCUGCGAAUCUGCUAUUAAGUUUACUUUUAGAAAAAUCUUAAAUACGAUGAAAGUUAUCAUUUGAACUUACAAAAGUGUUACGUGCGAUAAUAGGAAAGAAAUGAUCUAUUUACGUAUCAUUUGUUUUUUUCUUGACUUACUUUUUGGUAUCAAACGAGAACUAGUUUUUUGCCUUGGGUGUGUCUCAAAUUUAUUUGUAAAUAAGAUAUCGUAAAUCCGCAAGUGUUUUUAUACGAGAAUCCCAACAAAAAAAAUGUCUAUAAUUUAAUUAACAGGUUUUCUAUCGUUUUACAAACGAAAUCCACUGUAUGCUGUUACCAAUCACUUAGUACGUACUGCAUUUUAUUGUAUUUUCUUUAUUAUUGAUAAAAAAAUAACAGGA